AUGCAAAUCGUACAUUUACUUAUAGUGUAUAUUAUCAAUGGAUUCAGUGCAUGGGCUAUACCAAAUCGUCGUUCAAUUGAUCUUUUUACAACUAAAAGUCCAUUACCGAAUUGUACAGAAAAAUAUGGUGAUCAACCGGCUACACCUACUGUUUCAUUAAAUAACAUAUUAACCAUUCUAAACUUAUGUGCUAAUAUAUCAGGAUAUGUUAUAACACUUAAUUGUACCGAUUCGAAUGGUGAUCCACGUCAAGCAUGUCUUCUCGUUACACCAUCGUCAGAACCAUUACCUCUACUUGUUUGGCUUCAUCCAUCGUUCUUUCCAGCAGGGACAAUACUUUUUACUAAUCUUGUAGUUGAAGCAAGUAAAGCUAAUUUAACAGGUACAGCUGAUGGUCCACUUGGUUAUCAUUUACUUUUACCAUUCGGUCGUAAUACAACUCAUAUUUAUCCUCCACCAGAUGAUCAAGGACUUGGAUGGGAUAAUUGGUAUCGAAAUUAUAAUCGAUCUGAUCAAAAUUUAAAUGUUGAUGUACAAGCAAUUGAUUUAUUUUAUAAAUCAAACCGUUAA